AUGCUAGAUGACUUCAAUGAACUGCCGCAAAAAUUUGUGGUUAAGAUUUCAUCGCAGCUUGCGUUUAUCGAGUGCAGUGGGGCAUUUGGUGACAUGGCCAUUGAGUUCCUAAAGGACGAUCAUUUGAAACUGGUUGAAGAUCAAGUGAAGAAGGUGCACAACAACGAAGUCACGCUCUACAAAAUGCUAAAUAAAUAUGGUGCAUCGAAUGUGGCACGACCCAAGGUUAUUCCAGAAUUUGUACAACUUUAUCCUGAAAAGACGGAGUUUACAUUAAGACCCGAGGAUCUUCUACAGGUUGUUGGUCCUUUGAAAGUAUCUUCCAAAUACGUCUAUCCACAUGCACUUCGUAAUAUCGCAGCAAUGGAAGCUGUCUCUUUGAAGUUUACUGAAGAGGACAAGACGCUAUUUAUGAAGAACAUAUUCAGUGAAAUGUUUGCAAAGGUUAUGACAAAGGAGGCGAGUGCUUAA